GCGCCGCCCCUGAAAAGUGUGAGGAGAACCAAAAAGGGUUAAAGUAAGACAAAGGUACUUUAAUCUUGCACCAUCACCAUUGUUUACAUCAUCAAUCAUAAUGGCUGAUCCUUCUUUGGCAAUACAAGCUUUCAUUGCUUGCGUGGCUAGCGCAGCAAACUAUGUCUCCAUCACCGAUCCUUCCAAAGGACGUAUGUCGGACGAAUCAACGGAGAAACCAGACGAAUCAACGGAGAAACCAGUUGAUCGUGAUUGGGGAGGUCGGGGAGGCUGGGGAGGUUGGAGAUCACCAUGGUAUCCUUCCAAAGGGCGUAUGCCGGACGACUCAAACGAUAAACCAGUUGAUCGUGUCUGGGGAUCAUUUGAAAAAUAUCCAGUCUAUUCCAAGAUCAUGCUCUCACUCAGGAACGCAAGCCCAUUCCUUACCCUAUCACAAGCAGGUUAUUUGUUGUAUCUUGCUUCGAACCCUAAGAAAGUCAAAUUUCCGACUAAGUAUGCCACUUCUUUCUUUUUGGUAACUAUACUUGGGGCAAGCUGGCGGAUUUGGUGUUUCCGUACGCUGGAUAAGUUCUUCACUUUCCGUCUUCAAGUGCAAGAUGAUCAAAAGGUUAUCAAAAGUGGCCCUUAUCGAUAUUUGGCUCAUCCAUCCUAUUUGGGUCAAUCAGUGAACGUGAUCGGUAUUAUAGGCGGAACGUAUGGCCCAUUCAAUGUUUGGAUGAAUAUGUUCAGCACGAAAACGAUUGCCAAGAUUGGUAACGGAAUCGCUUUGAAUUCUAGACUUUUAGCACAAGUGGCCGCCUGUGGGCUUGCCAUUUUAUACAUGGGUAAUCAGAUCUGGCUUGUGCGAAUUCGAAUUCCCGAUGAAGAGGCAAUGCUACGCAAGCGAUUCGGGGAAGAGUACGACGAAUACCUCUCUCGACGCUGGAGGGUAAUACCUUUUAUCUAUUAAAUUUAUACAAUAACGAUG